UGGAGGAGGCGGGUCCGGCUCCCACUGCCGCAGCCCCGGCCCCCGCCCGGGCGGCGAUGCCGGAGCGCUUCGGGCUCGGGGGUGCCCGUGCUGGCCGGGGCGGGGGGCGAGGGGCGCAUGGCGUCCUCCCGCCGCCUCCUGCUCAGCACCAUGAAGCAGAUCUGCCUUUGUGCCGCCGCCUCCUUCGCGAGCCAGGAUUGGACCAAGAACGACGAGAAGCUGCUGCAGGCCGUGGACUACAAUGAUGCCGGGCGGGUCACGUCGCUCCUGCUCCGCAAGGGCCUGGUGCCCACCAAGCUGGACUCGGAGGGCAAAUCCGCGUUCCAUCUGGCUGCCACGCGGGGCAACGUGGACUGCCUGGAAGCAAUGCUGGCCCACGGCGUGGAUGCCAUGACCAAGGACAGCUCGGGUUACACUGCCCUACACUUGGCCUCCAAGCACGGCCACCCUCAGUGUGUCAGCAAACUGCUGCAGGCCUCCUGUCCCGUGGACGUGGCCGAUGGCAGUGGCCGGACCGCGCUGCACCUGGCGGCUGCCAGCGGCUGCAUCUCCUGCUCCGAGAUCCUCUGUGACUUCAAGGCUCCCUUGAACAGCAAGGACAAGGAUGGCUCCACGCCGCUGAUCCUGGCAGCCAAGAUGAGCCACUCGGAGCUGUGCCGGUACCUGCUGCACCGCGGGGCCGCCGUGAACUGCCGGGACCUGCAGGGCAGGACAGCCCUGAUGCUGGCCUGCGAGAGCGGCAGCGUGGACACCGUGGAGGUGCUGGUCAGCGCCGGUGCCCGCGUGGCCGUGGUGGACGCCACCGGCCACGACGCCGCUCACUACGGGCUGGCCACGGGCAACGCUCUCAUCCAGCACCUGCUGCAGGAGGCGGCCCAGCGCCGCUCCUGGGCCAGCGAAGAGGAGUCAACUGAGCAGGCGUCGCAGACGUCUUCGCCCAGCCAGUCAUCUGUCAGGGAGAAGAGCAGCACCCCGAGGAAGAGGAAGGCCCCUCUGCCUCCCAUGGGCACCCCCAGCCAGGAGGACCGGGAUGCCUACGAGGAGAUCGUGCGGCUGCGGCAGGAGAGGGCCCAGUUCCUGCAGAAGAUCCGGGGCUUGGAGCAGCAGGAGAAGCAGAGACGGGAGCGGGCAGAGCUGGAUGAGGCCUCCCUGCGCUCCAUGGAGAAACGGAUCCAGGAGCUGGAGGAGCGGCUGGUGGCACGGGAUGGGGAGAAGGAGAAGCUGGGCAAGGAGGUGGAGGCUCUGCGGAGCCGCCUAUCCUCGAUGGAGAAUGAGAAGGAGAACACGAGCUAUGACAUAGAGACGCUGCAGGAUGAGGAGGGAGACCCACUUGAGUUCCCAGGAGCGGAGAUGCUGCUAUCCAAGAAGACGCUGAGCCCCUCGGCCGAGGAGCUGCUGGCCACACUCCAGGGGCAGGUGCAGUCCCUGACCGUGCAGAACAAGGAGCUGAGGGAGAAAAUCCAGGUGCUGGAGAACUACGAGCGGGACGAGAGCAGCCCCCCUGCCCAGGGGGACGUGGUGCCCGUCAGUCUGUACCAGGCCCUGCAGCGGGAGCUGGAGCGGCUGCGGGCGCAGGGCAGGGAGGCCACGGCGCGGGCCGGAGGGGACGGGCAGCGCGCGGCCUCGGAGCCCAUCCCGGAGGGAACCGCGGGGCCACGUCCCGCCGAGGAGCCGGCCUGGGCCUGGGGCGAGUGCAAGGCGGCACUGGGCGAGCUGGGGGUGCAGACAUCCUCCUCCUCCUCACCCUCCGGCGAGCGGGAGCCGGGCGCGGAGCUGGCGGAGGCGCGGGCGGCCCUGAAGCGGGCACAGACCGAGCUGGAGGAGCGGGAGCGGCGGCUGAAGGAGCUGCAGGCCCGGCUGGAGGCUGCGGAGGCCGCGGCCUCGCCGGGAGCCUCUGUGGAGGAGGCGUCGCGGGAGAAGGAAGCGCUGCUGGAGCGCUGCGGGCGCGCCGAGGCCGAGGCCGAGGCGCUGCGGCGGGAGCUGGAGGCGAGGCCGCGGGACGCGCCGAGAGCUCCGGAGCCGGCACGGCAGCAGGCGGAGGCCUCACCCUCGGCCGUGCCGCGGGCGCAGCACGAGGCGGCCGAGGCCGGGCUGCGGGCGGAGGCGGCGGCGCUGGCGCAGCGGCUGCAGGAGCUGGAGCGGCGGCACGAGAAGACGUGCGAGGAGGUGUUCCGCGUGCAGCGGCAGGCGCUGUUCAUGAAGAGCGAGCGGCAGGCGGCCGAGGACAGGCUGGGCGCCGCGCAGAAGCAGCUGGAGCAGGCCCAGGAUGAGGCGCGGCGGCUGCGGGAGCUCCACGGCCACGCCGAGGACGCGGCACGGCUGGUCAGGGACAGGGACAGGAAGAUCACGGAGCUCUCCAAGGAGGUUUUCAGGCUGAAGGAAGCCCUGAACGCUCUCCCCGAGUCGGGGGGGCCCCCGCAAUCCCCACCCAACACGGCCGCGCUCCAGGCGCGGAUCCGGGCGCUGGAGGAGAAGCUGGAGGAGACAGAGACGAGGCACAGCAAGGUGGUGACGCUCUACCGGAGCCACCUGCUCUAUGCUGUGCAGGGCCACAUGGACGAGGACGUGCAGAGACUCCUGUGCCAGAUCCUGAGGAUGCAGCGGCUGCAGGAGCAGGGCAGAUGAGCCCCUGCCAGCACGGGUGGCACAGGGACGGGGGGACAGGUGCCUGGGCAGCCCUGCUGAGUCUCCUGGCAUGAGGUGGCUUUGGGUCGUGGCUUUGGUGGCACCUGCCUGCACUGUCCCCUACAACGGCACGGCAGGGAGCACUGGG